CCUGAGCUCCAGGUCCUGGCCUCUGCAGAUGUGGUCAUGGCCUCCGAGUAUGAGAUGGGCCUCGUCCGCCAGCUGCAGGCACGGCACACACAGAUGCAGGAGAAGACCUUCACCAAGUGGAUCAAUAACAUCUUCCGGCAUGCCCGGGUGGGCAUCCAGAUCCAGAACCUGUAUGCUGAUCUGGCCACUGGCACCUACCUCCUAAGGCUGCUGGAGCUCAUUUCUGGGGAAGCCCUCCCGCCGCCAAGCCGGGGCCGCCUGCGUGUGCACUACCUGGAGAACAACAACCGGGCUCUGGCCUUCCUCAGGGCUAAGGUGUCGGUACCCCUCAUCGGGCCGGAGAACAUCGUGGACGGAGAUCAGACUCUUGUCCUGGGACUCCUCUGGGUCAUCAUCCUGCGUUUCCAGAUCGCCCACAUCUCCCUGGGCCGGGAGGAGUUUGGAGCCAGUGCAGCCCUGCUGUCUGCUAAGGAAGCCCUGCUGUUGUGGUGCCAACGGAAGACAGCUGCCUACGCCAACGUGCACAUCACUGACUUCUCCCGCAGCUGGAAUGAUGGGCUGGCCUUUGGGGCCCUCAUCCACGCUCACUUGCCAGACCUGCUGGACUACCACUCAUUGCGCCCAGACCAUCCACUGCACAACCUCACCCUGGUGUUUCAUGUGGCUGAGUGUGAACUAGGCAUCACGCAGCUGCUGGACCCUGAGGAUGUGGCAGGCCCACAGCCAGAUGAGUGCUCCAUCAUGACAUAUGUCUCUCUCUACCACCAUCACUUCUCCCACCUGCAACGUGGCCACACUGUCUACAGGAGGCUCACCAAGGUCCUGCUCCAGCUCCAGGAGACAGAGGCAUUGCAGAUCCGGUAUGAGCAGCAGGCAACUGACCUGCUGUGCUGGAUCAUCCAGCAGCAGGAACAGCUGGAGGCACCUGAGCUGCCAGACUCGCUGCCUGCCCUGCGACAGCACCUGGCAACCUUUGCCUCCUUCCGCAGCCAGGAGAAGCCACCUCGGCUGCAGCAGCGAGGGGCCCUGGAGGCUCUACUCUUCCAGCUGCAGACAACACUUCGGGCCCAGAACCGCAGACCCUUCAUGCCCCCUGAGGGCCUGGCCACUGCAGAUCUGGCCUGGCGCUGGGCUGGGCUAGAGAGGGCCGAGGCUGCUGGGAGCCAGGCCUUGCAGCAGAGGCUCCUGCGGCUGGAGCGUCUGGACAUGCUGGCCCGGCACUUCCAGCACAAGGCGGCCCUGAGGGAGAGCUUUCUGCAGGAGGCGGAACAGGCACUGGAGCAGGCUGGAGUGCCACUGGCCAGCCCAGCCACAGUGGAGGUGGCCACCCAGAGGUUGGGUAUGCUGGAGGCUGACAUCCUGGCCCAGGAAGGGCGCUUCCAGGCCCUGGCAGAGCUCACAGAUGUCCUCCGGCAGGAGCAGUACUCCUCCUUGGCAGAUGUGGUCCACAGGCAACAGGAGAUCACCCGGCGCUGGCAGGGCCUUGUCCAGGCUGUACACAGGCAGAGGAGGCAGGUGGUGGGCACACAGACCGUCCUGAGCCUGCUGCGGGAGGUGGAGGCCACCUUGGACCAGCUGCAGGAGCUGCAGGUGUCAGCCAGCUCCCAGGCCUGCGGGCAGCAGCUGGCUGAGGUCAUGGAGUUGCUGCAGAGGCAAGAACUGCUAGAAGCCCAGGGGGAAGAACUGGGAGCCCAAGUGAGCCAUCUGGUGUACCGGACCACAAGGCUGGAUCCCUCCCUGGGCGACGGAGUAGAAACUUUACAGGCCAAGGCCAGGGCACUGGCACAGCUCCAGGAGAGCCUCAUGUCUGUUGUCAGGGCCCGGCGGGUACUGCUGAAGCAGACCCUGCAGCGAGCCCAGUUCUUGCGCGACUGUGAGGAAGAGGAGGUCUGGCUGGAGGAGCACGGGCGGCAGGGGGACAUCGAGGCCCUGGGCCGGGAUCCCCUCCGGAUCGCAAGUGCCAUUCGGAAACACAAGGCCCUGGAAGCCGCUCUCCGCCACCACCAAGCCAUAUGCUCGGAUCUAGUGCAGCGAGGACGCGACCUCGCUGCCCGCGGGCCUCCAAUGCAGCUGGACCCCCGGGAACGAGCAGAGGCGGUGCAGGGCUCGGUGCAGCUGCUGCGGGCCCGGUGCUCCCGGCAGGGCGCGCGGCUGCAGGCGGCCUUGCUGGCGGCUCAGUACUUGGCGGACGCUGUGGAGGCGGCGGCAUGGCUCCGGGAGCAGCGGUUGGCGGUAGAGAGCGCAUUCUGCGGGGAAGACCAGGCGGCCGCCGACGGCUUGCUGCGGCGCCACCUGCAGCUGGAGCGCUCCGUGCACGCCUUCGCAGCCGAGCUGCAACAGCUGGAAGAGCAGGCGCGGGCGGCCGCGGCCCGGGCGCCACACACGUCCCCCUUCCUGUCCCCACUGAUGAGUGGCGUUCAGAGCCCAUGUUCCCACAGGGACAUGUUUCACCUGGCUCCCGGGACGGGCCCUGGACACCUGGAUGCUGGGGAACAAGGAAGGCUGCCAGGACAAGGUGCCCAUCGGCUAUGUCAUGGAGCAGGAGCCCCAGGUAGAGCUGCCAAAAGCACCCAGCCAAGGCUUCCACUGCCAGGGGGUGGGCAGCUGUGGACACACUGUCCUUUGUCUGCACAGGUGGCACCUGCCCUGAACCUGCUGGGGGAGGCUUCCUGCCACCCUGACCCCAGGGCUACCUGGAAGACAGCUCUCCCAGCCAAGUCUGACCUCCACUUGGACCCCAAUACCAUACUGCAGACACAGGACCACUUGAGCCAAGACUAUGAGGACCUGAGGGCCCUGGCAGAGCGCCGCAGGGCCCGGCUGGAGGAGGCGGUGGCCCUGUUUAGCUUCUACAGCUCGUGUGGGGAACACCAGGCCUGGCUGGACAAGCAAGUGGCCAUGUUGUCCACACUACAACUCCAGGCCCACAACUGGGAAGCCACACAGCUCAAAUACAAGAACUUGCUCACGGUUCUGGCUGUGGGUAAGGGCCCCCGUGCUGAGCUCAACUGCUUGGCUCAACGCCUGAUGCAGAGCUGGCCUGAGAACUCCACUCAGAUCCAGCAACGUCAGGAAGAUCUGAGCCAGAGGUGGGAGCAGCUGGAGUCCCUGAAGAAGGAGAAGGACUGGGAAUUGGCACAUGGCAUGGAAGUGCACAGCUUCCUGCAGGAGCUCGGGCCUCUACAAGUCCAGUUGCAAGGCUUGAUGCUACAAGUGGAGGCUGGCAGCCCAGAGGACAACUGUCAUGCCCUGCAGCGGGCCCAGCAGGAGCUCCCAGGGCUGGAGAGGAGGGUUCACCACUUGCAGAGCAUGGCCACCAGGCUGAAGGAGAACCAGGAAGUGACGGAGGUACUGCAGAGGCUGCUGAAGCAAGUGCAGGGGCAACUGGCCCAACAGGCCCGGGGCCAGGCUGAGGUUGGCGCACGACAGAACUUCCUGCAGGAGAGCCGACAGCUGCUGCUGAGGGCGGAGAGCAUGCAGGCUCAGCUACGCUGCAAGGAGGAAUUGGCAGACGAGGCCUCAGCCCAGCGACUGCUGAGGCAGCACAGAGCCCUGCGGGAGGAGAUCCGCCUGCAGCAGGAGAGGCUGCAGUGGCUGGAGGUGUGGGGCCAGGGUCUGGCAGCUUCAGGUUCUCCAGAGGCCCAGGAAGUGGACAGCACCCUGAGACUCCUGAGCCAACAUGGCCUGCAACUGGAGGCUGCAUGGGAGCAGAGAUGGCAGUGGCUGCAGGAAGGGCUGGAGCUACAAAGGUUCAGCCAAGAACUGAAUGGCUUUGCUGCCACCUGUGCCAAUCAUGAGGCCUUUCUGCACCUGGACACCAUCGGGGAGGACCUAAGGGCAGCUCAGAGUCUCAUGCAGCAGCACCAGCAGUUUGGGUGGCUCCUGGACACCCUGGCCCUGCGGGCAGAGGCCCUGAAGGCCCGUGGCAAGAAACUGGGUCAGAGCCUGCAGCCUGCUGCACACAGGGUCAGAGAACAGCUGCAAAAUGUCCAGGCCCAGUGGGCCAGGGUCCAGGAGAGGAGUGAGCAGAGGCGGCUGCAGCUACUGGCUUCCCUCCAGCUCCAGGAAUGGAAGCAGGAUGUGGAGGGGCUGGUGCUGUGGAUACAAGAGAAGGAGCUGCUGGUGGCAGAGGGGCCCUGCUCAGGUUCCCACAACAUCCUACAGAAACUCAGACGGCUCGCCAUGGCUGAGAGUGAGCUGCAAGUCACCCGCCAGCACGUGGAGCACCUGCAGCAGGUUGGAACAGAGCUGUUGGACAGCAGGCUGCAGGCUCAGGAAGACAUACAGGCUGAGCUCUGGGGCCUGAACAGCCAGUGGAAAGAACUGAACUGCAAGGUGGCAGAGUGUGGCAACCAGCUCCGGCAGGCACACUGGCAGGACCAGCUCCUGGGGCUGCUGCAGGAGGUCAAGGAGAAGAUGGUGCAGCUAGAGGGGGCCCAGCAGGAAGCAGAGACAGAGCAAGACCAGGGCUCCAGACAGCGGCAGCUGCAGAAACAGCUCCAACAGCUAAAAGCCGAGGGCCAAGCAUUGGCUGGCACAGUGGCUGCCCUAUGCUCCCAGGCUCUGGGCCUGGGCACUUCCCAGUCUGUCCUGCAUGAGAUCCAGAGGUGCCUGCAGAGGUUCGAGUCCCUGCAGGGACACCUGGCCACCCGGCGCCUGCAUCUGCAGACCUCGGUGGAGCUGUGCCGGUUCUGCCACCUGAGCAACCUGGAGCUUUUGUGGGUGGCAGAGCACAUGCCCAGCUCCGGCCCUGUUGAGUGCUGGGCCAGUGUCCAGAGCCUUCGCCACAGGCACAAGGUGCUGCAAGCUGAGCUGGAAGCUCACCAGGCACAGGUGCAGUGGGUGCUGGAUUCCGGACAGAGCCUGGCAGCCUCAGGGCACCCCCAAGCCCAGCGUGCCACAGAGCAGUGCCACAAACUGGAAGGCAGCUGGGCAGAACUGCAGCAGGCAUGUGUGGCACAGGCCCAGAGGCUGCAGCAGGCUGAGGCUGUCCAGCAGUACUUCCGGGACGUGUCAGGGCUGGAAGCAUGGGUGGAAGAGCAGCGGGCACUGGUGAACAAUGAGCACUGCAGUACAGACAAGGCUGCAACCUCCAGGCUGAUCAAGAAGAACGAGGUGCUGCAGCAGACCCUCUCUCUUCACUGGCGCUCCCUGGAGGAACUGGACCAGAGGGCCCAGACCCUUGCUGGCCCUGCAGCCCCGGAGCAGCUACAUGGGCUGCGGGAGCGGCUGCGGGAACAGCUGCAGGCUCUGCAGGAGAUGGCAGCCACACGGGGCCGGGAGCUAGAGGAGGGCCUGAGGCUGGCAGAGUACAUGCAGGAGGCUGAGGACCUGCACAGCUGGCUGGCCGCCCAGAAGCAGGCAGCCCUGGCAGAGACAAGCCCUGGAGAGACGGAGGACGAGGAGCAGGUCCUGCACCUCUACACCAAGUUUGCGGCCUUUCAGCACCAGGUGGAGAUGGCUGGCCGGCGCAUGGCCACCUGCCAGCAGCAAGCCCAGAGUCUGCUGCAGCAUGGGUCCAGCUCUGUGCCCAGGGCCUGGCAGAUGCAGCAGGAUCUGCAGGCUUCCUGGUCAGAGCUGCAGGAGCUGACCCAGGCCCGGGGCCGCCUGUUCCAAGAUGCUAACACCGCCUUCCAAGUGCACAGAGACCUGCUGGGAGCCCUUGCCCAAAUCCAGGAGCGAGCCACCAGCCUGUCCAGUGAUGUGGUCCAGGACCUGCAUGGGGUAGAGGUGCAGCUAAGGAGGCAUGAGUGGCUAGAGUGUGAGCUGGCUGCAACUGAGCAGCAACUGCAGGAGCUGCUGGAGACCUCAAAUAAGGUACAGAGGCUGUGUCCAGGGCCUCGGGCUCAGGCCGUGCAACAGGGGCAGCAAGCUGUGACUCAGGCCAGGGAGGUCUUGCGGCUGUGCGUGGAGCAGCGCAGGGCUCAGCUGGAGCGUGCAUGCAUCCUGGCCCAUUUCCACACGGCGGUUCAGGACUACACCUCCUGGGCAGCCCGUGUGCAGCAGGAACUGCGGAUGGAGGAGAGCACCCAGGAGCCCAGCAGCAGCCCCCUGCAGCUCACUGUCCACCAGCAACUCUGGGCAGAGCUGCAGACCCGGGAAGAACAACGGCAAGAGGCCAUCCGGCUGGGUCAACAGGCCCUGCUGACUGCUGGGAUGCCUGCCAACGAGGUCCAGGAAGGGCUGCAUGUCCUGCAGAAGGAGCGGGACCAGGUGUUCCAGGCCUGGUCGUGCAAGCAGGAGUGGCUACAGGCCACGCAGGUGGAGCAGUUCUUCAUCAGAGCCUGUGGGCGCCUGGAGGAAGUGCUCGUAGCCCAGGAGGCUUCUCUGAGGACCAGUGCGCUGGGGAGCUCCGUGGAAGAAGUAGAGCGACUGAUCCGCAAGCAUGAGGUCUUCCAGAAGCUGCUGACUGCCCAGGACAUGAAGGAAGCGGCACUCCAGGAGCAGCUGAGCCGACUCGGUGGGGGCAGCAGGGUGCAGCACUGGCUUGGCACAGUGCUGGUGUGGCGGGCUCGAGUGCAGGACAUGGCAGAGAGUCGUAGCCAGGCCCUGCACACCUCGUUGCUGUAUGCUCGCUUCACAGAGGCCGCCACCCAGGCCAAGGACUGGAUCCAGCAGCGGGCCCUACAGCUGAUGGAGCCUGUUCCCCCUGGGGGCCUGAGAGACCAACUGAGGCACCUGCAGAGACACCAGGCCUCCCAGACCGAGGUCCAGGCCCACAAGGAGCUGCUGAGCUCUGUCACCAAGGAGGGCCAGGACCUGCUGGCACAGAGCCACCCCUGGGCAGAAGAGAUCUCUCAGCAGCUGCAAGCACUAGAGGAGCACUGGGAGAAACUGAGGCAGGCGGUGGCCCUCCGGGGUCAGAUCCUGGAGGACAAAACGAGCUUCCUGGAGUUCCUGCAGAGGGCAGACCUGGCAGAGGCCUGGAUCCAGGGAAAGGAGGCGAUGGUGAAUACUGGGGACCUGGGCCAGGACCGUGACCACUGUCUGCAGCUCCGCCGCCAGCUCCUCCGGCUCCUCGGUGCCUCGGCUGGGGACACAGUGGAGGAUGCCCACAUCAGGAGCAUCCAUGCCUUGUCGCUGAGGUUCAGGAGCCAGGACCCCGAGGAAGUCAGGACUGUGUGCCAACGGCAGAGCCAGCUCCACAGCAGGUGGACGAGUUUCCAUGGGAACCUGCUCAGGUACCAGCAGCAGCUCGAGUUGGCCCUGGAGGUACACACCUUGUCUGAUGAGCUGGACGUCAUCAUCGAGCGGAUCGGGGAGAAGAGGGCCCUAGUCCAGACCCUAGAUGAGAACGGGCAAGGCCUGGAUCACACGCAGAGGCUGCAGUGGAGGCUCGCAAUGCUGGAGCGGGAAGUGGGCCUGGUGCAGACACAGGUGGAGACUCUGGAGCACAAAGUGGACUGCCUCUGCCGGAGCAGCUCGUGGGCAGCCGGCAGCCUCAGUCACAAGCAGCAAGUGAUGAUGGAGAGCUGGCAGCAGCUCCAGAACUCUGCCCGGAAGCGGAGGGAGGCGCUGGACAUCCUGCAGCAAGCCCAGGGGCUCCAGGCAGUACUGCAGGACCUGGUGGUCUGGGCCCAGAAGCUGCGGGAGGAGAUGGCUGCACUGAGCAACCCCUGCAGCCGCACUGAAGCCCAGCGCAUGGUGAGAGAGCAUUGGGCACGCAAGGCUGAGCUGGACUCACGGGCAGACAGCAUCCACCUGGCUCGGGCCACCGGGCAGCAGCUGCUUGCCACUGGGCAUCAGUCUACCCCUGGCAUUCACCAUGCCCUGGCUGCCUUGGAGCAGGAGCUGCAUAGCCUGGAAGGGGCCUGGCAGGAGCGGCAGCAGCAGCUACAGCAGGCCCUGGAGCUACAGGCAUUUCUGAGCUCAGUGGAGCAGGUGGAACGUUGGCUCUGCAGCAAGGAGGCCUGCCUGACCGACGAGGGUCUGGAGGACCCCCUUAACCACACGGAGAACCUCCUGUGGAAGCACAAGAUGCUGGAACAGGCCCUGGAGGCGCAAGCAGAGAGGAUUGGCACCCUGGAGGCUGCAGCCCAAGUCCUGCUCCAGCGUGGACACCCUGAGGCCCAGACUGCCCUGGGCAGGUGUCGGGCUGUGCUCCAGAGGAAGAAGGCACUCUUGGAAAGAGCAGGUGCCCGCCGCCAUCAGCUGGAGGAGCUCGGGCAGCUACAGGCAUUCCUGCAGGACUCCUACGAGGUGGUUGUGUGGCUGAGGGAGAAAAACACAGAGGCCCUGGGAGAAGGCAGGUGGGCCCCCAGCGAGCUGCAGGCGCAGGUACGACAGCAGCAGGAGCUGCAGGCAGAGCUGGACGCCAGUGCACAGGACCACGAGGCACUGCAGGCGCUAGGGCAGAGGCUGCUGCAGACGGUCCUCCCAGCCCCGGACAUGGUCCAGGAGCGGCUGCAGGAACUGGGACAGCUGUGGCAUGAGGUGCAGGCCAACUGUAAGAGGAAGGUGAUCAGGCUCCGAGCUGCCUGUGAGGCCUUGAGUCUCCAGCGCAGUGUGGAAGAGCUGGGCAGCUGGCUGGAGCCUGUAGAGGCCGAGCUGAGAGGCCCCGUAGUAGGGCAGGACCUGCCUGCAGUGGACGAGCUCCUGGGGGCGCAGGGGGAGCUAGAGGCAGCGGUGGAUAGGCGGGCCAGGCGGGCACAGGCCCUGCUGGGCCAGAUCCAAGCCUUCAUGCGGGAAGGCCGGUGCUUUGGCCCAGACUUGGAGGAGCAGGCGCAGCAGCUGCUGCAGAGGUUUGAGAGCCUAAGGGUGCCCCUGCAGGAGCGCAGGGCAGCCCUGGAAGCCCAGAGUUGUCUCGCACAGUUCUUCAGGGAUGUGGAGGAGGAAAUGGACUGGGUGAGGGAGAAGCUGCCCCUGGCCAUGGCCCAGGACUGCGGCGAGAGCCUGCAAGCUGUGCAGCAGCUGCAGGAGCAGCAGCAGAGCUUGGAGAAUGAGCUGAGCAGCCAUGAGGCUCUGACCCGGGUGGUGCUGGACACUGGGCAUAAGCUGUUGCAGGCUGGGCACUUUGCCACCAGCGAGGUGGCUGCCCGGGUGCAGGAGCUGGAGACGGCCAUGGACCACCUGCGGGCGGAGGUGGCACAGAGGCGUCUGCUGCUACGCCAGGCUCAGGAGGCCCAGGAGUUUCUGAUGAAGCUCCUAGAGGCAGGAUCCUGGCUGGCCAAGCGGGACCGUUUCCUGGACAGUGAGGACCUAGGCCAGAGUGCCGAGGCUACGCGGGCACUGUUGCGGCAGCUGCAGGCCACCCAGAGAGACCUGCAGAGCUUUGGGGUUCACAUGGAGCGGCUGCAGCAGACCGCCGCACUCCUGGAGGGCAGGCAGGGCCCAGAAAGUCCCCAGGUCCUAGCCCGGCUGCAGGCAGUGAGGGAGGCCCACACACAGCUGUGGCAGAGGGCAGAGAGCAGGGCCCGAAGCCUGCAGGAGCAGCUGCAACUGCAUCUGCUGGAGCAAGAGGCCCUGCUCCUGGACACGUGGCUCAGCACCCAGCUGGCCAGCGCACAGUCCCAGGAGCUUGGGCAGGACCUGGAGGCUAUCGAGGUGCUGCAGGAGAAGUUUGAUGCCUUCAGCAAGGAAGUGCAGAGCGUGGGCCAGGCCCGGGUACAGGCCCUGAGGGAACACGCAGUCAGCCUGGAGCAGGCAGCUCCCCGCUGCUCUCUCCACAUCCAAGCCCACAAGAGCCGUGUCCAAGCUGUUUGGGAGAGGCUGCAUGAGGCCAUAAAAGUCCGCCAAGAGAGUCUGGCCGCAGCCCGGGAGCUUCGCACCUUUGAGCAAUCAGCAGCCGAGCUGCGGGGCAGGAUGCAGGAGCAAACUGCCCUGGCCCAGGGAGCAUCACAUGGCCUCCACCCGACUUGUGUACAGAUGCUGCGGCGACAGCAUGGGCGUCUGGAGAGGGAGCUGGCAGCUAUGGAGAAGGCCAUGGCCCAUAUGCAGAUGGAGGCCCAGCGCCUGUGCCAGCACCAUCCUGCAGCUCAGGAGGGCCUGUUCAAAGAGCUGGCUGCACUGCAGGAGGCCUGGGCCACCCUGAAGGCAAUGGGCCAGGAGCAGGGCCAGCAGCUGGCACAGGCUGCCCAGGGCCACACCUUCCUUGGGCACUGUCAGGAAUUGCUGACGUGGGUGCAAGAGCGGAAGGUGCUGGUGUCCUUGUUGGAGGAGCUGACCCGGGAUAUGGCUGAGGCAGAGCAGCUCACCAGGCGGCACGAGGAACUGGGACAGGAAAUCGAGGAGCAUGGCUUUUAUGCCCAGGCCUUGUGGCAGGACGGGCAAUGGCUGCUGGCCCACAGUCCUUUGAUAACCCCAGAAGUGACUGAGAGGCUGCAGGAGCUGGACAGUCAGCUCCACGAGCUCCAGGAGGCCUGGACCCUGUGCAGGCGGCGCUGCCAGGAGAGCUGCGCUCUGCAGCAGCAGCGCCAGGAGCUGGAGCAGGCCGAGACAUGGCUGGCCUCCUGGGAAUGCCUCCUACAGGAGCCCGACUGUGGGCACUCCACAUCCGAGGUAGAACAGCUACUCCACAGACACGGGGACUUGGAGAAGCUGCUGGCGGUGCAGGAGGAGCGGUUCACCCACCUGCAGGAGACCGCAGAGAGGGUGGCUUCCCAGAGCCCCCAAGCCCAGGGUGAGCAGCUGAGAGACACUGGUGGCUGGAACCUCUCUGUGCCCUUGAGUGAGGCAGAAAGCCUGGUAGCAGUGCCAUCUGACAAAAAGGAGCACCUGUGGCCGCCCCUGGGGAGCACAGCAGAUCUGGGCCUUUCUCCCACCUCAUGGUGCAGCAGGAAGGGACCUGAACAGAGCUUUGGAGAGGUACCCAGGCCCAGUCUCCAGCUGAAGUUCCCUGCUGGACCAGGGGCCCCUCUGUGGGCAUCACUUGUCUGUCUGGUUCCUCUGGUCCUGUCCUGGCCACACCCACCACAAGGCAGGAAGGAGCCUUUGGACUGCAUGUCUGGCCUCACUCCGAAGUCCUGCCUGGAGGAGAAGUGCUCAGGCGGAGGCGGCUGGGCUGGCUGCCUGUGUGGCUCCAGCACAGGUAGAUGGGGACAUGAACAGGUGUCCUGUUCUUUGGGGAAUGCUGACAACCUGCCCUCUACGGGAAAAUAUCUCUAG